UGUUUUCGAUUUUUCGAAAAUCAAAGUAAUCAAGGAAACAAAAAUAUUUCAAUUGUUAGUAUUUUUUUUAUUAAGAAUUGCUGAAUAGUUUUUUAAAACAGUAAAAUACCAUUUUUUAUUUCUUAUCAAAAUGGAUCAGGAGUCUGAAACCAACUUGGAAACUGCAGCUAUGAAGACAAUCCCAAAACUUCAGGAAAACAAGCUGUUAGAGAUCAAAAAGAAGCCAAAGACCAGACCACUAGUUCCACGUUUACAGUUUCAAAAAAAUUUCAUACGUGUCCUUCGCUCGAUGAAAAACAAUGACAGGGGUUUGACUCACAAUGCAAAAUGCAUUCUAAAUUCCAUGGUUAACGAUAUUUUCGAUCGUCUGACUGUCCAAGCAAUUCAAUUACAACGGGCUGCGAAACGUAAAACCCUAACUCAUAAUGACAUGGCUUCUGCAUGCUCACUUUUAUUCAGUGGUGAUUUACAGAAACAUGCGAAAGCCGCUGGUGCUAAAGCUGUUGUCCAAUAUUUGCGUUCGUAUAAAAAAUAAAAAACUAUUUUAAAAAAUAAAUAA